AUGCAAGAUAUUGAGGUGGAGGGCGUCACUGUCUUCGCUCCACCGCCAGCAACAUCAUAUCGCUAUGUCAUUGAGCUUAAGAGUUCUAAUCUGAACAUUCGAUUGGGAGAUCGAGCAUCCAAGAAGCAAUGGUUUAAGGGCGGGAUGGUUCUAACGGAUUUCGUGUCGACUGCAAACGCAAUUCCAAAAGCGUCUUUGGCCGACUACAUCAAGUGUUUUUGUGACACAUUAGACAGCAGUUUUGCUGAAGAUAGUGAUGUGAAUCGAUGUUUGGUUGCUUUAGCGGAAGGAGCACUUCGUCUAGAGUUGGUGGUUACGAUUCGUGUUCUUCGAUCAGCGUGGAAAACAAAAUACACGUUUGACCUUGAUCCUGUCGCAGUAAAUCAGAUUGACGUGUUGGAAUCCAAACUGCGUGACCAGUAG